AUGGACGACGAGACGCUCUCUGCAGUCAAGUUUAUGGCUGAUGCAGAGAGACAGGCGGACGCUCUAGAAAGACAGCUCAAUCAAUUUGAGAGUAAGCUUGAGACACUCCUUGCAGACUUGGAAGCGUCUGUGCCUGCUGCUGCUGCGUCACAAGUUAAAGGAGAUUAG